CGAAUGCUAGUGUACAUUUGAGUUUAUUCAAGUUUACUAAUUUAAAUUAUUAUUAUUAUUAUUAGUCGUAUAUGAAAUUGAAACUGUAUCAAAAUAUAAAUUAUUUUUCGGUAUUUAUAUAUCAUUAUGGUUUUAAGUGACAGUGAUGAAGAUCGCAAGGAACGUGAUGAAUUUGCGGAAAGGCUUAAAAAAAAAGACAAAGACAGAACACGUAAAAUUGCUAUUCCUCGAUCUGGUAUGUUUGGAAUUAUCUUUUUAUUUGUUAAACGAUUAUUAUUAUUUAUCAAUAGGUUUAGGAUGCACUAAAAAAUAGCUAUUGUAUAUGCAUAAAUAUAUAAAUAUAUAUUAAUAGUAUAGUAAUAUAUUUAUAUUAAUAGUUUUACUUAUUUAUAUAUUAUUUGUAUAAUUUAACUGACAUUCAAUUUUUUAACUAAAGGUGACUGAAGAUUUUAUACUUCCUGUGAUGAGAUAGUAAAACUGUUUUGUGUGAAAAACUGUACUAUUAGGUAUUCAUAGUAGUUACUACCAUUUCACAACACAUUAAGAAGAACUUUAACUAUGUCGUGCAGUACCUUUAUAGUACUACCUCAUCAUUUUUAAUUUAAUUAUUAUGCGUCAUAUUUAUUCAUUUUUUAGUGCAUAAACAUUCAACCUUAUAAUAUAAAAAAAAAAAAAUAGAAACUUUUCUGCAAUAUUAAUAACUUUGGUAAUACUAUUAUGGAUUAAUCAAUUGAGAUUUAAUGUUUUGCUAAUAUUAUUGAUAGAAUACUGUUUUAUCAAUGCUGUAUUGUAUGUAUUUAUGACUGCUUAGUGUAUAAUACAAUGUGUAUUUUGAUUAUUUGUUUAGAUAAAAAGGCUUAUGAAGAGGCAGCAAAAAGAUUAAAAUUAGAAAAUAAACGUGAAAAGGAAACUGUCAUCCCUCGCCUCCGUAUUGAGUCUCGUCGAAAAUAUCUUGAAAAAAGGAAAGCAGAUAAAGUUACAGAACUUGAAGCUGAUAUUUUAGAUGAUGAAUACUUAUUUGAUGCCGAAGAGUAAGUUUUUGGAAUGUAUUAGGUAUGUUAAAUAUGUUUGAUAACUUACAUAUUUGGUUUUUUUUUUUUAGUUUAACGCAACGUGAACUUUUAGAACGUGAACACAAAAAGAAGUUAUUAAACCUUGCAAAAGAACAUGAAAAAGCUAGAGAGCUGGAAAAUGUACACCGGUAUCGUAUGCCUCAAGAUAUUAAAGAUGAUCAAAUGCAAUAUGAGAUGGAAGUGGAAAAAGCACCCACUACUGAACAACAAAAAUGGGAAGAAGAACAAAUGUCUUCUGCAGUUUAUAAAUUUGGAGCUAAGCGACAAGAAAAAGAACAAUAUGAAUUAUUGAUCGAUAAUCAAAUAGAAUUUAUUCAAACUGAUAAUUUGCCUGGCACACGCGAUGUAUUUUUUUGAUAUUAAUAUUAAAUAAAACAAUGUUUCUUUAAUACAUUUUUUUUUUUUUUUUACUGAAUAAUAGGAAAAACCAGAAAUUACUGAAAAACAGCGUAAAAAAUUAAACAUUGAAGAAACAAAAAAAAGUUUACCUAUAUAUAAAUUUAAAAAAGACUUAAUACAAGCUAUCAAAGAUCAUCAAGUAAUUAUUUAUUUUUUACUAAUACUUCAGGAUAUAAAUAUGUAACUAAAAUAAACAACUAUUGUUUUGCCCUUUCUUAGAUACUUAUUAUUGAAGGUGAAACUGGCUCGGGUAAGACCACUCAAAUACCACAGUAUUUACAUGAAAGUGGAUUCACUGAAGAUAAUAAAAUAAUUGGAUGUACUCAACCUAGAAGAGUUGCCGCUAUGUCAGUUGCAGCUCGUGUUGCUGAAGAGAUGUCUGUUAAACUUGGAAAUGAAGUAAAAUUAAAUUAUAUUAACAAAAUAAUAAGUAUAUACAGAGUUGAGGUCUCAAUUGAAAAUAUGAAUUAUAUGAAUUAAUAAGUAUGUAAAAAUUGAGUGCAAAUUGUCACCCUUAUUUUUGUUGUGAGACCACUACCCACUUUUUUUAUUUUUAAACGUUAACUUACAUAAAAAAAUUACUUUAAUACAGUUUUUUCAACCUUUUUGAAUCCACAGCUCUUCAGAUUUUGAAAACCAAAUUAGCGGCUCCUUUAUAAAUUAUGAUAAUAAUAAAAAUUAAAAUAAUUAAAUAUAAAAUACCCUAGUAUAUUUACUAUAGAUGCAGCUUCCUUGAUAAUAAACUGCAUUAAUACAUCAGCCUUUAGUUAAAAUUAAUAUUUUAUGAAGCCAAUGAUAUUGUAGCUAUUUAUAUUAUUAUUAGCUAGAAGUGAGUUUCUUGAAGUGAGAAAAUAGUUAAAUUUUGAUCUUUUGCCAGUUUUUGUAAAUUUUCACAUUUAAUUUUAGUUAAAGUUUAUUUGAAGUAUAGUAAUGUUUUAUGGCUUUUUUGUAUGGUCAGAGUGACUGGUACCAUUUUCUAAGCUCUUAGGUAUGCUAAAAUUUUUUAGAGAAAAGUUUGUAUUUGUGUUUACAUGAAUGUAAAUACAUUCAUAUUGUGUUAUUAAAUGUAAUGGCUGAUGAUUAGGGUGUUGGCUAUUGAUAUGCUUAUAUAUUCUGUAAAAGAAUAGUGCAUUCUGUGAUACAUGUUUCUUAUCAUGGAUUGUUCACAUUUUAAAUAGGUUUUUAACAUUUAUUACAAAUUUUAGGUUGGUUAUAGUAUUCGGUUUGAAGAUUGUACAUCAGAACGUACCAUUAUUAAAUAUAUGACUGAUGGAACAUUGCAUAGAGAAUUUUUAUCAGAACCUGAUUUAAAAUCUUACAGUGUAAUGAUUGUUGAUGAAGCUCAUGAACGUACCCUGCACACAGAUAUUUUAUUUGGUUUAGUAAAAGAUGUCAUACGAUUUAGACCUGAUUUAAAAUUAUUAAUCUCUAGUGCUACUUUAGACGCUGAAAAAUUUUCAACAUUCUUUGAUGAUGCUCCUAUAUUUAGAAUACCUGGUAAAUAUUGUUAAAACCUCAAUUUUUGUAUGGAUUUAUUUAUUUUAAAACAUUUUUUUUUGUGUAUUUCAUAGGAAGACGAUUCCCUGUGGAUAUAUAUUAUACAAAAGCACCAGAAGCUGAUUACAUAGACGCCUGUGUUGUAUCAAUACUACAAAUACAUGUAACCCAACCACUGGGAGAUAUAUUAGUCUUCUUAACAGGUCAAGAAGAAAUUGAAACUUGUAAUGAACUUCUACAAGAACGUGUUCGUAGACUUGGAUCUCAAAUAAAAGAACUAAUAAUAUUACCUGUGUAUAGUAAUUUACCUACAGACAUGCAAGCCAAAAUUUUUGAACCUACGCCUCCAAAUGCCAGAAAAGUAUAUUAUAAUUAUUAAUAAUUUUAUAAAUAAGUUAAUGGAUUAAUAAUUAUUCUUUACAGGUUGUAUUGGCUACCAAUAUAGCUGAAACUUCUUUAACAAUUGACAACAUUAUUUAUGUAAUUGAUCCAGGUUUUUGUAAACAAAAUAAUUUUAAUUCACGCACAGGCAUGGAAUCCUUAAUAGUGGUUCCAAUAUCAAAAGUAAAGUGUUUAGAAAUAAAUGCAUUAGCUUAAUAAUUAUUAUUAUUCUUUUUUAUUACCAUUAAUUUAGGCAAGUGCUAAUCAAAGAGCUGGACGAGCUGGCCGAGUUGCUGCUGGUAAAUGUUUCCGUCUGUAUACAGCAUGGGCUUACAAAAGUGAACUAGAAGAUAAUACAGUUCCUGAAAUACAAAGAAUUAACUUGGGUAAUGCUGUGCUGAUGUUAAAGGCACUUGGUAUUAACGACUUAAUACAUUUUGAUUUCUUGGAUCCUCCUCCACAUGAGACACUGGUUAAUAUAUUUAAUUAUUAAAAAAAAAAAUGUAUACUUAACAAACUAAUCAUUUAAAGGUAAUUGCAUUGGAACAACUUUAUGCACUGGGAGCAUUGAAUCACAGAGGUGAAUUAACCAAAUUAGGCCGCCGUAUGGCUGAAUUUCCUCUAGAUCCAAUGAUGGCCAUAAUGUUAUUAGCUUCUGAAAAGUAAAUGUUUUUAAUUGUAACCAGACUCAUAACUUGUAGUAUUUAAAUAUUUUAAUACAUUUAAUAGCUUACAUAAAUGUUUUUAAAAGCAUAUCAUCAUGCCUUUUAUAACAAACCUUUUUUAAAGUUACAAGUUAAGAGUCCUAAUCAUAACAAUAUUCUAAGCUUUAACAGUAGAAUUGAAUGUACCAUUAAAUGUGUAUAGUAAUUUUGUAUAAAUUAUAUUACAGUUUACAAAAAUAACCUGAUAGUUCUACUUCACUUUAAUAGUUCUACUUUUAUUCUCACUAAAACUUUAAAAAAAUAUUAAUAAUAACAACUAAUCGUAAAUUUAUUUUUAUAUUUUGCUUUAGAUAUAAAUGCUCAGAAGAAAUGGCUACUAUAGCUGCAAUGUUAAGUGUAAAUGGUGCUAUAUUUUAUAGACCCAAAGAUAAAUUAAUCUUAGCUGACACAGCUCGUAAAAAUUUUUAUUUAUGUGGUGGUGAUCAUUUGGCAUUAUUAAAUAUUUAUAAUCAAUGGGCCAAUACAGAUUUUAAUACAAACUGGUGUUAUGAAAAUUAUAUUCAACAUAGAUCAAUGCGCAGAGCUCGGGAUGUUAGAGAUCAACUAGUUGGAUUAAUGCAGCGUGUUGAAAUGGAACUCACUUCAAAUCCAACUGAAACUGUUAAUAUUCGAAAAGUAUAAACUAAUUAUUUUUUAAAAAAUGUAUAUUAAAAAAAACAUAAUAUAAUUGAACCAUUAUUAUUNGGACAUUAUCGCACUGUUAAACAUAAUCAAACAGUUCUUAUACAUCCAAAUAGUAGCUUAUUUGAAGACCUUCCUAGAUGGGUUAUAUACCAUGAAUUGGUAUUCACAACUAAAGAAUUUAUGAGACAAGUGACAGAAAUUGAAAGUAAAUGGCUGCGUGAAGUAGCUCCUCAUUAUUAUCAAGAUAGAGAACUUGAAGACAGUCUGAGUAAAAAAGUACCUAAAAAAGUAGGAAAAACAAUGGUUCAACUAAAACUUAAUUAAAUAAGUUAGUUUAAAAAUGUUAAAGUGUAUAUGUGUGUGUAUACUUUUUUUUUGAUACUUAGGUAUUUGAUGAACAUACUAAAUAAAAAAAUUAAGUAACAUUUACAGUAUAUUUAUUAUUUAUUUAUAAUUUAUUAUUAUUAGAAUUACAUCAAAAUCUGUCUUUAAUAUGAAUAAUUAUAAAGUUUAUAUGCAUG